AUGGAUCCCCGGGUGCUUGGCUGGGAUAUAUUUGCUCUCAUCAUUGAGGAACUUGUCGUGAAAAUCGGGCCCUACAAGACUGUACUCCUGCGUCCAGUCUGCCGCGACUUCGACAUAGCCGUCGUCCGUGCCCUCUGCUUCGGUCGGGCGGUCGAGUACGACGAUGAUGCUCUGGUAGAGAUGUAUCAUCGACUGCCACACCAUCUCAAGGCGAACAUCUUUCUCGCAAGUCUGCCGUUAUGCCCCCACGAUGCGGUGCUCUCGGGUCUCGCUGCCACCAUCGAGGCACUCGAACGGCUCACCGUUGAUGCGCCGCCUCCGACGGCCGGCGAGGUUGACCGCUACGGGAAGCCAAUGCACCACAUCCAUCUCGCCGAAGCGGUGGCCAGCUGGCUGCCCAAACACAAGGUGAACCGCGACAGGGGCGGCCACGCCGAGGAGUUAGUCGACGAGCAAGCGGCUGCGCAGAACACCCUCUGCGGCGCCAUCGUCCUGGGAGCCCACGAGCUGGUCGAAUCCCUUCUCGACGCCGGGGAGGAGGUGACGCCGUCGUCUGGACGUCGGGUCCUGGCCCUCGCCCACACCGAGUCCCCGCUCUUCGGACGGCCGCUACAGGUCGCCGCGGCGUGGGGCCGCACGCGAGCGCUCAACCUGCUGCUCGAUUGGGGCGUGCCAGCGCGUACCGGCGCGAAAUACAUGUGCACAAGGAGAGACUACGUCCAACAGGGGCGUGUCCCCUCCCUAGUGCCAGACACGCACUUUAGUUUCCGCAACCCGCGAGCCAGCGCGCUGGUCGCUGCCGCGACCGGGGGUCACCGGGAGGUCGUCCUGCGGCUGAUGGAGGCCGACUACUACUCGCCUCUGGACAACAUAGAGUCUCUAAUGGCGAUCGUGGCCUGCGUCCGAGGCGGGAACCUGUCCCUCAUGGAGCUUCUGGCGGAGCCGUAUGGGGGUCUCAUGAAGGUAGCGUACGAGCUGCCGAUUACUCUCCUGGUUGAGGCUUGCCGUUAUGGCCACGUCGACAUCGUCAAGCGACUGCUGGAUAUGACCUUGACGACAUACAGUUUCUUCAAGGACGACAGACUGCUCUUUGAUCCGGAGACGGGUCCCAAGGGAGCUCUCCAGGUGGCUUCGGCCCAGGGAAAUGUCGACCUGGUCCGGGUCUUGCUCCAGUGGGGUCUGAGCCAGUCCCGGGCCGACGCCAACAACUGCCUGGCCCUCGAGGUCGCCGCCAAGAGAGGCCACCAGGGCGUGGUCGACCUACUCCUGAAGCGCGAGGACGCCGCCCCGGAGCGCGUCGCUGACGUCAUCCUCGACAUGGUGGACGGGCACCACGAGCGCCAGGUGAGGGCCAUGCUGGCCAAGAAUCCGGGCAUUCUCGACGUGCACCCCACAACUUUCCCGUGUGGCCCCCUCAGGACCGCGAUUCUCGAGAAAGCCAUCCGCACGCUACACCCCGGACUGAUCAGGAUGGCCGUCAGCGAGCUGGGUGUGUCGCCCAGUGAGGCUCUGGGCGCGCCGCCGUCGGGUGAGACCACAACCCCACUGCAGGUUGCCAGGCAGAUGUCGUCCAGGUGGAUCUACGACCUGCUUCUUUCGCUGGGGGCCGACGCCGAGUCAGAUCCUUCCAGCAAUGACCCAGCCAGGGCCGAUGACUUUGAAAAGCCGGUGAUGGUUUCGAGGAGUGGGGUGAGGCUGGGUCCAGAGACAUGGGAAUGGACGGGAAAGUAUUAA